UGCUCCUCCCCAUUCUCACCUCGUCCUCUGUCCGUUCCUCUUCCUUCUUCCCCAGUUCCCCGAUUCCCUUCGCCGAGCUCCUCGUCGUCGUCCACCUCUCUAUAAAGAAGGCGCCGCCCCAAGGCGCCUAUCAAUUCGCGUCGCCGCUUCCAGAAACCGAGAAUUAUUCUCCUGCCCGCUGCAAAAACCCUAGCCACCGAUCCCAUGGCGGCCACCACCAGUCAGGCGAGCCUCCUCCUCCAGAAGCAACUCAAAGAUCUUGCGAAGCACCCCGUGGAUGGGUUCUCCGCUGGGUUAGUCGACGACAGCAACGUCUUCGAGUGGCAGGUCACCAUCAUCGGCCCGCCAGACACCCUAUAUGAUGGAGGUUACUUCAACGCAAUAAUGAGCUUUCCACAGAAUUAUCCUAACAGUCCUCCAACAGUCAGAUUUACUUCUGAAAUGUGGCAUCCGAAUGUUUAUUCGGAUGGACGUGUAUGCAUUUCUAUUCUUCAUCCGCCUGGUGAUGAUCCCACCGGCUAUGAGCUUGCAAGCGAGCGUUGGACACCAGUGCAUACGGUUGAGAGUAUAGUUCUGAGCAUUAUUUCGAUGCUUUCUAGUCCAAACGAUGAAUCACCAGCAAAUAUUGAAGCAGCUAAGGAAUGGAGAGAGACUAGGGAUGACUUCAAGAAAAAGGUUCGGCGCCUCGUAAGGAAAUCUCAAGAAAUGCUCUGAAGAAACUGGGGAGAGAUAACUAUACCACAUCAAAUGUGCAUGAUUUUGCUGUCGAUCCCCAAAUGUCCAUUUGACACUAGCAAUUCACUUCUCUAUACUUUUCAUUUAGUGUGCCUGCUGGUCAUCGCGGUCUCGUCUCCCAGAAAGGCAGAAUCGCACUGGGACAUGUUUGUCACCUAUUCGAUUUGAUUUGGUUGUAUCUGUGUGGCUUGGGCUGUAAACGUUGAGAAACUUUGAAAUAUUGCCACUCAUCACAAUUUUUCGUAACAAAUGUGAUAAGCAGGCAUCCUGCCUGAUCAGCUAGCUGUUGAAACAACAUCGUCUGCAAGCUGGUGCAGUCUGUUCUUUGUAAUAUGUUCUUAUAAAUAGGGCAACACUCAGGGCUGUACA